AAAUGUGCAAUGAAUGAGAGCAUUUUGACAGCAUUGACUGGGACCGUAUGUUAAGUGCAAACGUAAGAAUAACCAAAAUCCGGUGUUUUAUGUAUUUUUUUAUCAAAGAAUUCUUUCUAAUUCUUAAAAUAAAAGUUCUUCCAAUUUCAUUAAAAUUCCAAAAUGUUAGAUUUACUUAAACGCCUGGAUGCCUAUCCAAAGACUUUCGAGGAGUUUAGCUUUAAAACAUUCAUGGGAGCAAUAGUUACAAUCAUUAGUUCACUAAUAAUUGGAAUAAUGAUUAUAAUGGAGGUUAAUGCCUACUUAACACCAAAUGUCUCAGAAGAAUUAUUCGUUGACACAACACGGAGUCAUAAAUUGCAAAUAAAUUUGGAUAUUGUUGUACCAAAAAUCUCAUGCAAUUAUUUGAGUGUUGAUGCCAUGAAUACAGCCGGGGAGCAACAUCUUCACAUUGAGCACAGUAUCUACAAGCGGCGCAUUGAUUUGAAUGGGAAUAACAUUACGGGUGAUGAACCAGUUAAAGAACUGAUAACAACAGCAAAGGACAAAAUUGCUGAGAAAGUAGUUAGUAGUUCAUCAACGGAAAUGCCGCAAAUCAACACAACACAAACAUGCGGAAGUUGCUACGGAGCUGCACAGAAUGAGAGCCAAUGUUGCAACACAUGCCAGGAGGUAAUAGAUGCGUAUCGGGCAAAACGCUGGAAUCCCGUUCCGGAGGAUUUUGUUCAAUGCCAGAAUGAGAAGAUGAGCAGUAGGACACACAGUGACAAUGCCCUGAAGGAGGGAUGUCAAAUCUACGGGACGAUGGAGGUGAAUCGAAUGGGUGGGAGCUUCCACAUUGCGCCCGGACAGAGUUUCAGCAUCAAUCACGUCCACAUCCACGACGUCCAGCCCUACACGUCGUCCAGCUUCAACACCUCCCACACCAUUAAGCACCUCUCCUUUGGCGAACGCAUCAACUUCGCCAACACCCACCCACUGGAUGAGCUGCACGUGGCUGCAGACGAGGGCGCAAUGAUGUUUCAGUACUACAUCAAAAUCGUCCCAACAUUGUACAUUAAACGCUCCGGAGAGGCCGUGCAUACAAAUCAAUUUUCCGUUACGCGCCACCAGAAGGUUGUGUCCAUCAUUACGGGAGAAUCGGGUAUGCCGGGAAUCUUCUUCAGCUACGAACUCUCACCGCUUAUGGUCAAGUACACGGAAACGGAGAACUCCAUUGGGCAUUUGGCAACGAAUAUUUGUGCAAUUGUUGGUGGAAUUUACACCGUUGCGGGGAUUCUCUAUUCAAUGCUCCACACAUCAUUGAAUGCAAUUAAGAAGAAAAUUGAAUUAGGAAAAUUUAGUUAAAGUUUUUGUUUUUUUUAAUCAAACUUUGACUUUCCAUUAAAUCUCACAAAAAAAAAGAUCUUAAAAGAAAACUCUUCCAGAAUAUAUUUUGCUGCAUUUUCUUUCCACAUAUGUGAAGGAAAAUUAACCAAAAAUCAUUGAAUUGAAAGAAGUUUGUUUUUGAGUUAAAGAAAAUUUUAAAUUGGACUUAUUUUGUAAAGAAAAAAAAUUAGCUGAAGUAAAUUUCUGUUGUUUUUAAAUCAAAUUGUAAAUGAUUUUAGAAAAAUUAAUUAAUUAAAAUUUUAAUUAAUUAAAAAAAAA